CCUGCUGCUGGGCGAAGCCGGAGAGGGCGGCGGCUGCUGCGACUUGACAAGGUGCUGUCGGCCUCGAACCCGCGACCCGCAGGCGGCAUCGACUCGCCGCCGCCGCCGCCGCCGCCAUGGACAGCCAGGGCCGCCGCGUGGUGGUUUGUGACAACGGCACCGGGUUUGUAAAAUGUGGCUUUGCUGGGUCAAACUUCCCAGAGCACAUCUUCCCAGCUCUGGUGGGCCGCCCUAUCAUCCGCUCCACCGCCAAAGUUGGCAACAUUGAGAUCAAGGACCUCAUGGUGGGAGAUGAAGCCAGCGAGUUGCGCUCUAUGCUGGAGGUGAACUACCCCAUGGAGAACGGGAUCGUGCGCAACUGGGACGACAUGAAGUACUUGUGGGACUACACCUUUGGGCCCGAGAAGCUCAAUGUCGACCCCCGCAACUGCAAGAUCCUGCUUACCGAGCCCCCCAUGAACCCCACCAAGAACAGGGAGAAGAUCAUUGAGGUGAUGUUUGAGACAUACCAGUUUGAAGGAGUCUAUAUCGCUAUCCAGGCAGUGCUGACCCUCUACGCCCAAGGCCUUCUCACAGGCGUGGUGGUAGACUCUGGGGACGGUGUCACCCACAUCUGCCCAGUCUACGAGGGCUUCUCCUUGCCCCACCUCACCCGUCGGCUGGACAUAGCAGGGCGUGACAUCACACGCUACCUCAUCAAGCUCUUGUUGCUGCGUGGAUAUGCCUUUAACCACUCGGCUGACUUUGAGACGGUCAGGAUGAUGAAGGAGAAGCUGUGCUACGUCGGCUACAACAUUGAGCAGGAGCAAAAGCUAGCUCAAGAGACGACCGUGCUCGUGGAGUCCUAUACGCUUCCGGAUGGACGGGUGAUCAAAGUCGGGGGCGAGCGCUUUGAGGCCCCUGAGGCCCUGUUCCAGCCCCAUCUCAUCAACGUGGAAGGUGUUGGUGUGGCUGAGCUCCUCUUCAACACCAUCCAGGCAGCAGAUAUUGACACCCGGGCUGAGUUUUACAAACACAUUGUGCUUUCUGGGGGUUCCACCAUGUACCCAGGACUGCCUUCCCGCCUGGAGCGUGAGAUCAAACAGCUGUACCUGGAACGGGUGCUGAAGGGGGAUGUGGAAAAGUUAUCGAAAUUCAAGAUUCGCAUUGAGGACCCUCCCCGCCGGAAGCACAUGGUCUUCUUGGGAGGGGCAGUGCUCGCAGACAUCAUGAAAGACAAGGAUACCUUUUGGCUGCAACGGUCUGAAUAUCUUGAGAAGGGGGUCCGCAUCUUGGAGAAGUUGGGGGUGACUGUGCGAUAGGACCACCCCUCUUUCCAUUUCCCUUGCCCUGAUGCAUUCCAGCCCAAUUUCUUAUUCUGUUGAGCCACCACUGUGCAGGAUGUGGGUGGGUCAGUGAAAUAUCUUUUUUUAAACAAAUAUCCCGUUUGGGGGAAAUAGGAGAAGCAUUCCAAGCAUCGAGUUAUUGUCUUCCUUGCUUUCCCAAGUUCAUUGUCCUCAUGGAGCUUACAGGAGCAAGCCCCAUCACACAGGAAAGAGCUUCUCCCCACCCACACUGGGGUGGGGGAGGCACAUGUUUAGGGGCCAAAGGUCAGUAUUCUCCACCUCUUGCAAGUUUCACACUCCACAUUAUCUCCUGUGCAGCACAUGCUGCAAAUGUUUGCUCAGGGAAAUCCACCCAUUCCCAUCCUCCCUUCUUUCGCUUUAAUGGAAAGGAAGCAAGUGUCCAGACCUCAUGGCUUAAGCAUGAUCAUAUGCUUAAGCAUGGGAUCAGGGAGAGUUUGGCAGGGUGGGGGCGGCAGCACUUGACUGCUGGCCUAAGUCUUCGCUUUCCCUCUGCUCCCUGCAAACAUCUCAUAUCUCAUUCCUUUCCCAUGCUGUCGUCUUCCCUCAAGUGUAGCUGAACUGCACAGCUUUGGCUUCAUUACCAAGCCAGAGAAUAAUUAUAAGGAGAAAUCUAUUUUACUUGUGUAUUCUGAGUUUUCUAAAGACUACUCUUUCAAGUGGCUACGAUUUUAGGAUUGUGUAAGGGCGGUGACACCCCCCCCUCUCUCUCUCUCACACACACACACACCAGUUGUAGGCUUCAGUGAUGGAACAUGCACACCACAAUUGUUUCUGACUUGUUUCCAGGUUCAGCAACACUCCUUUCAUUGGUGAGGGUAGAUCAAGCGAGGCCAGGGGGGCAGAGACAGCAAUAGAUCAAUAUUCAAUAUGGUGCCAUGAGGGUGCUGGGUAAGGGUCUCCCAUUGCUGGCCUGCAAAGCAGCUUUGCUGUUUGCUGGUUGAGCUAGCAUCCUCUAAUACAGGCAUGGCCAAACUUGGCCCACCUGCUGUUUUGGGACUACAACUCCCAUCAUCCCUAUCUAACAGGACCAGUGGUCAGGGAUUAUGGGUAUUGUAGUCUCAAAACAGCUGGAGGGUCAAGUUUGGCCAUGCCUGCUCUAAUACAUUGGUGCGCUGGAUCCUUCUUUCUUCUCUGGGGCCCCAACAUCACACCACCCAUUUUCCUUUGCCCAUACGAGUUGAAAUCAAAACUGCUGGCAAAGACCCCGCACUUUGCAGGCGCCAAUCAGCUGGUUGCCGGAGUCUGCAAGGUGCUGUGUGUGCUUGGCUCACUGCCAGCAUCAAUCAGAUGACUGUUGCUGCUGACAGCAAGCUCCGCUUGCAAAGGGACGAUUGAGAGCUCCCCUUAAGAAAUUCACUUGUUUUGUUUUUUUUAAAUUCCAUGGGCUUUGGGGCGGGGAAGGAGCUCCUGUUCAGUUUAUGGCCUUCAUGCUCCUAUGGAAGGCAUAGUUGCUCCACCAAAUUUGGGGAAGGAGGGAGGGGAGUGAAAUAAAGGAAGCUGCCAAUUUUAUCCCAAAGUAUUAUUCCCCAUCACUGCCAUAUCCUGCCCUUCUCUUUCUCCUCAGGCAGUCCCAAAUAUUUGUUUCCUAAAAGUGGGGUAGGAGGCGAUGAAGAGACAACCUGGUUCACUUGGGGUUGGGACCCCCUGUUGUAGUUAUAGGACAACUAAAACUUGCUUGCCAGCUUAUAAAUGCCCAGGCAGUUGGGCAUUAUCUGCCUGUUCCCUGCCCCCAACCAGAAAGGUCUCCUCUCUCUCUUUGCCAGGAGGAGACAGAGUGUUCCCCCCACUUUGCACACUCAUAGAAUCAUAGAAUAGUAGAGUUGGAAGGGACCCUUGGGGUCAUCUAGUCCAACUCCCUGCAAUGCAGAAAUCUCAGCUAAAGCAUCCCUGACAGAUGGCCACCUAACCUCUGCUUAAAAACCUCCGAGGAAGGAAAGUCCACCACCUCCCGGGGGUGUCCGUUCCACUGUCAAAACAGCUCUUAUUGUCAGAAAUUUCCUCCUGCUCUUGAGUCGGAAUCUUCUUCCUUGUAACUUGAAGCCAUUGGUUCGAGUCCUACACUCCAGAGCAGGAGAAGACAAGAUUGUUUUUGGUGUGAGGAUGAAUGGAUGGGUCCACUCCAUACUGGCCUCCCCCCUCCCCCCAAUUUUGUUCUUUGUAUCAACUUCAGGAGAAGGUGCAAGAAGUCACCCUCCUAAUUCUUUUGGUAUUUUGUUUUGGUAUUAUUAUUUUUGGGGGGGGGGAGGAAUAAGCUUGAUUUUUUUAAAAAACGGAUCUGCUUUUCAAAACUG